GUCAUCACAAGCUUGUUUCUCAUGUCCUCUUCGCUUCCACAAUCUCUAAUCUUCAUUUCUACUUGGCCUAGAGCUACUUCCUCUUCCUAUAUAUGUGUAAAAGCUACAAGCUUUCUUCAUGAUCACUUUGCUCACACGUUAAUUAUAUGCACUUAUAAGCUAAAAACAACCAUAAGCUUGCACGUAUAGUACUACUAUAUAGUUUUAUGAGAUAAAUAUUGCUCACUGGCGCCUUGCUAAACUACAGCGACACACAGUUUUCUUUUAGCUUAAUUGUAGUGGAUGGAGGAGGUAAAAAAGGAGCAGCAGGAAGAAGCGCCAAUGGUGAUUGAUUUGGGGAGCAUUGACACGCAAGGACUGUUUCUGGGAGGAGAGAAGCAGUCGUGCUCGUAUGUCAACUCACUCUCUUCCCGAGAAAUGGAGUCCCUCACUGCUCUCUGCGACACACUUUUCCCGUCCGUUUAUAAUAGCAGUAUGAUCGCCGCCUCCGCCGAUGAUGGCUCCACCAAUAGUAUCUCUACUUUUUAUCAAUCUUCUGCUUCCAUGGCCGGAACUCCUCAACGUGUAGGAGAGUUGUUUUGUGAGAGGGUGCAGCAUCCGAAGAAGUGGCUGAUAAGACUGACGCUCUAUUUGCUAUCUACAUGGAUCGGUACCUUCAUAUUGUGUGGAUUGCCCAGCAUUUCACCUUCCUUUCCCUACUUCCAGAGAUUUUCUCAAAUCUCUCAAAGCAAAAGGGAGCAGAUAGUGUUUUCCUGGGCUACCAGCUUUUUCUAUCUCCUCAGGAUGCUCUUCAAAUCCAUCAAGCUCGUCAUCCCACUCGUGUUUUUCUCUCAGGUGGAUGAAAAGAAUGAGAACCUGACAUGGAAAGCCAUAGGCUAUCCAGGGCCUGACCCUGCAGCACUCAAAAGACAAACACAAACCUGCGGGCAGCCAGAAACAUUAUAUGCAAGUCUAAAAGAUGAUGAUGAUGAUGAACAUGACUGCAAAGAAGAGCAUCUCUUUGGACCUCUUUACAGAGGCCUCGUAGAUCUCAACCUUCCAAGGGAUAGAGUUGCCGACUCCCUGCGUCAGAUUGGAUUCCCUGUCUCCAUUCUUCGCGGGAAAAAUAUCGACUCGUCACGGGACUUUUCUACUAGUAAUCCUAGUUUAGUCAUCAAAUGUGACGCAGUAGUAGUUGGUUCUGGCUCUGGUGGUGGUGUGGUUGCUGGAGUUCUAGCAAAAGCUGGUUAUAAAGUGCUUGUCUUGGAGAAAGGAAACUAUUUUGCUAGAAACAAUCUCUCACUUCUUGAAGGGCCCUCAAUGGAUCAAAUGUAUUUAGGUGGAGGUAUGCUAGCAAGCGAUGAUAUGGGAGUGGUAAUUCUUGCAGGCUCUACUGUUGGUGGAGGUUCUACAAUCAAUUGGUCAGCUUCAAUUAAGACCCCACAACAUGUGAUCAAUGAAUGGAGUGAAAGCUACGACCUUGAGUUAUUUGACAGUAAAUUAUACAAAGAAGCAUUGGAUGCUGUGUGUGAGAAAAUGGGAGUUCAAUCUGAUAUUGAUGAGGAAGGUUUCAAUAGUGCUGUUUUAAGAAGAGGGUGUGAAGAAUUGGGCUAUCCUGUAAACACUAUUCCUCGAAAUUCUGUUCCGGAUCAUUACUGUGGCUGGUGUUGUUUUGGCUGCAGAGAUGGAAGAAAGAAAGACACUUGUGAGACAUGGCUAAAGGACAUGGUGAAUUCAGGUAACGGUGCAAUUCUUCCUGGAUGUAAGGCUAUUAAGGUCUUGCAUGAGCGAAAGAAAGGGAAGGAUCGAAGUACUGCAUCGGGAGUAGCUUUUGGAUUCGAAUACAAUGGAAUGAAAGACUUGUGUGUGGUUGAGUCCAAGGUGACUGUUGUUGCCGGUGGUGCUCUCAGCACUCCUGCAUUGCUAAAAGCAAGCGGCUUAAAGAAUGCCAACAUUGGUAAGCACUUACACCUCCAUCCAGUCACAAUGGCAUGGGGCUACUUCCCAGAAGCACCUAAUUCAACAGCGGCGUGGCCAGAGGAACAGAAGAAGAGCUAUGAAGGAGGGAUAAUGACAGCAAUGUCAACAGUAGUUGCAAAUGUUAACAAGUCUGGAUAUGGGGCAGUGAUACAGACGCCAUCAUUGCAUCCUGGUAUGUUCUCGGGCCUAAUUCCAUGGAUUUCUGGAGCUGAUAUGAAAAGGAGGAUGUUCAGGUUCUCAAGAACUGCCCAUGUAUUCGCUCUGGCAAGAGACAGAGGAUCGGGAACUGUGAAUUCGCCAAGCUCAAUAAAUUACAGAAUGGAUGCUGAAGACGAGAAGAAUCUACAGGAAGGUCUAGAGAAGACACUGAGGAUACUGGCAGCUGCAGGAGCUGAGGAGAUCGGAACACAUCACAGCACAGGGAAGAUCUUAAAUGUGAAGAAAGUGAGCUACCGUGAAUUCGAAAGGUUUGUGAAAGAGGAGAGUGCAAGACCAUUAAGAGACUUAACAGGACAAAUAUGUUCAGCUCAUCAGAUGGGGAGUUGCAGGAUGGGUGUGAAUCCAAAGGAGUCGGCAGUGAACCAAAUGGGAGAGGCAUGGGAAGUAGAGGGACUGUUUGUUGCAGAUACAAGUGUGUUUCCAACUGCUCUGGGUGUCAAUCCAAUGGUCACAGUCCAAGCUAUCGCUUAUUGCACUGCACAGUCAGUUGUUCAACUUCUUUCUAGGAAGAGAACUCAUUACUAACUUGUUUUACUCUUCAUAAUAAAGUCCCUGCAACUCUCAUCGUUUCAUGUGUUAUUUAUAGCCAAAGGUAAAGAUGAUUAUCUUACUUGUUAAAAAAGCCUAGAUCUCAACUCAAUUUGGCCCUUCCAAAAACUAACGCGGCAGCCUGCUUCACCGCUGGAGAUAUGCAUACACUACACAACAGAAAAAUUUGAGGACAGCAUGACCUUCUUCUCUCUCUAUCUUUUCUUCUCCCCCGCUCUCCCAUGGUAAUGCAAGACAAGAAGGCGUCCCCUAACUCCCGGCAGAUUACAUUAUAUCCACAUCAUCCGCGCGUAUCCAAGACAAGUCCCCACCACUGUUAAGGCCAAAGUCAAGAAUUCUCCGCGAAUUGAGCCGAGGAUAUAGAAUUGCCACCGACAAGGGGCUAUGUCAUCACAACUUGAACUCGAACUCUUUAACGAGGUGUUUUUACGGUUGUGCCAUUAGCUUCUUCCGUAUAAUCUACGGCGAAUACUAUCUUUUACUCGAAGUCAAGAUUUUGGAAUUGGAAGAACCUCUGAACACGUUUUGAGCCGAUGGAGCUUUCAAACUAGGAAUACGAAAGCAGAAGAAACAAGGGCUGUCCAAGCAACAGGAGUCGCGGUAAAAGCAAACCAUCUGGAACAAAUCCCAGUAUUUACCACCUAGAGUAAGAAUCGAAGCCAUAUCGCAGAAGCACACCAACACCAAAUCGGAGUGAGUGGAAAACAGACCAUCCAAGAAAACUAUCUCUAUCCAAGAUGGAUGCUUGGGACCUAAUUACUAAUUAAAAGCCCAGAUGCGUUGCAUUUUUUAAUGGAGGACUUCUCAACUUUUUAUGGAAAUUUCUUACGAAUCACAUGAAACUACAUCAAAUGCUACCUUCCUUGGAUCCCUCUCCCCCUCUCCCAUCCCUUUGUCUCUAGAAGAGAGACUCCAUCUGUAUAAGUGAUAAGAAUCAUGUAUGCAACUUGGGCCCAUAUAAAACAAUAAUCAUUUUAUAUUAACAACUAAGAUUCCUUUUCAGUUUCCACUAACAGUCCAGAUCAAGCAAAUUUGAAGUACAU